ACGCUGCUCGCCAGAACUAGGGAUCAGCUUGCCAAAGGAUCAUCCGUGCCACGCGGAGGGCUGAGCAGCUUCUGCAGCCUUUGGUGCCGGUCGAAGUUUUUCCUGCGGAUUCUGAUGUGUUCACAAAGCCCACGGCCCCAUCUCAUUCACAGGCACCUCCAGCCACAACCUUCACGGCAGAGACACAAACACAAGGCGAGGUGGAGGCUUCAAACCCUCUAGAGGAGAGCUCCGGCGGUGCCAACGAAACGAACAUGCAGGAGUUGGAGCACAAGCUACUAGAAUUGCAGGUGGAACACGGAAGCCAAGAUCAUCUUGACAUUGCUGCAACACUUCAUGCCUUAGGCCAGUUGAAUCUGCAGUCUGGCGAUUAUGACCAAGCAAAGCAGCAGAUGCAGGAGUCCUUGCGAAUGGUCCGCUCCUUAUUUGGGGACAGGGAUCACCCUGACAUUGCUGCAGCACUUCAUGCCUUAGGCUACUCGAAUCUGAAGGCUGGCGAUUAUGACCAAGCAAAGCAGCAGAUGCAGGAGUCCUUGCGAAUGAAACGCUCCUUUUAUGGGGACAGGGAUCACCGUGAUAUUGCUGUAAUACUUCAUUCCUUAGGCCGGUUGAAUCUGCAGGCUGGCGAUUAUGGCCAAGCAAAGCAGCAGCUGGAGGAGUCCUUGCGAAUGAAACGCUCCUGGCAUGGGGACAGGGAUCACCCUGACAUUGCUGCAACACUUCAUGCCUUAGGCCAGUUGAAUCUGCAGUCUGGCGUUUAUGACCAAGCAAAGCAGCAGAUGCAGGAGUCCUUGCGAAUGGUCCGCUCCUUAUUUGGGGACAGGGAUCACCCUGACAUUGCUGCAACACUUCAUGAAUUAGGCCGCUUGCAUCUGGAGGCUGGCGAUUAUGACCAAGCAAAGCAGCAGAUGCAGGAGUCCUUGCGAAUGAAACGCUCCUUGUAUGGGGACAGGGAUCACCCUCACAUUGGUGCAACACUUCAUGCCUUAGGCCGCUUGCAUCUGGAGGCUGGCGAUUAUGACCAAGCAAAGCAGCAGAUGCAGGAGUCCUUGCGAAUGAAACGCUCCUUACAUGUGGACAGGGAUCACCCUGACAUUGCUGCGACACUUCAUGAAUUAGGCCGCUUGCAUCUGAAGGCUGACGAUUAUGACCAAGCAAAGCAGCAGAUGCAGGAGUCCUUGCGAAUGAAACGCUCCUUUUAUGGGGACAGGGAUCACCCUCACAUUGGUGCAACACUUCAUGCCUUAGGCCAGUUGAAUCUGCAGUCUGGCGAUUAUGACCAAGCAAAGCAGCAGCUGGAGGAGUCCUUGCGAAUGAAACGCUCCUUGCAUGUGGACAGGGAUCACCCUGACAUUGCUGCAACACUUCAUGAAUUAGGCCGCUUGCAUCUGAAGGCUGGCGAUUAUGACCAAGCAAAGCAGCAGCUGGAGGAGUCCUUGCGGAUGGUCCGCUCCUUAUUUGGGGACAGGGAUCACCCUGACAUUGCUGUUACACUUCAUGAAUUAGGCCGCUUGCAUCUGGAGGCUGGCGAUUAUGGCCAAGCAAAGCAGCAGAUGCAGGAGUCCUUGCGAAUGGUCCGCUCCUUGCAUGUGGACAGGGAUCACCGUGAUAUUGCUGUAAUACUUCAUUCCUUAGGCCGGUUGAAUCUGCAGGCUGCCGAUUAUGGCCAAGCAAAGCAGCAGCUGGAGGAGUCCUUGCGAAUGAAACGCUCCUGGCAUGGGGACAGGGAUCACCCUGACAUUGCUGCAACACUUCAUGAAUUAGGCCGCUUGCAUCUGAAGGCUGGCGAUUAUGGCCAAGCAAAGCAGCAGCUGGAGGACUCCUUGCGAAUGGAACGCUCCUUUUAUGGGGACAGGGAUCACCAUCACAUUGGUGCAACUCUUCAUGCCUUAGGCCAGUUGAAUCUGCAGUCUGGCGAUUAUGACCAAGCAAAGCAGCAGCUGGAGGAGUCCUUGCGAAUGAAACGCUCCUUGCAUGUGGACAGGGAUCACCGUGAUAUUGCUGUAAUACUUCAUUCCUUAGGCCGGUUGAGUCUGCAGGCUGGCGAUUAUGGCCAAGCAAAGCAGCAGCUGGAGGAGUCCUUGCGAAUGAAACGCUCCUGGCAUGGGGACAGGGAUCACCCUGACAUUGCUGUGACACUUCAUGAAUUAGGCCGCUUGCAUCUGAAGGCUGACGAUUAUGACCAAGCAAAGCAGCAGCUGGAGGAGUCCUUGCGAAUGGAACGCUCCUUGCAUGUGGACAGGGAUCACCCUGACAUUGCUGCAACACUUCAUGAAUUAGGCCGCUUGCAUCUGGAGGCUGGCGAUUAUGACCAAGCAAAGCAGCAGCUGGAGGAGUCCUUGCGAAUGAAACGCUCCUUAUUUGGGGAUACAAAUCACCCUGACAUUGGUGCAACACUUCAUGAAUUAGGCCGCUUGCAUCUGGAGGCUGGCGAUUAUGACCAAGCAAAGCAGCAGAUGCAGGAGUCCUUGCGAAUGAAAUGCUCCUUGUAUGGGGACAGGGAUCACCCUGACAUUGCUGCAACACUUCAUGAAUUAGGCCGCUUGCAUCUGGAGGCUGGCGAUUAUGACCAAGCAAAGCAGCAGAUGCAGGAGUCCUUGCGAAUGAAACGCUCCUUGUAUGGGGACAGGGAUCACCCUGACAUUGCUGGAUCACUUCUUGGCUUAGGCACCGUGAAUCUGUUGGCUGGGGAUCCUGAUCAAGCCAAGCAGCAACUGGAGGAGUUCUUGCGAAUGUUUCGCUCCUUGCAUGGAGACAGGGAUCUCCCUAACAUUGCUGGAGCACUUGUUGCCUUAGAAUUAGCUCAGCUAGUGUAAGUACGUAUUCUUGCCCGGGGUUUUGAGUAAUGGAAGCAGCAACUGGAACAGCUUUUAUCCACAUGAUUGCUUUUUGGCACUUGUGGCUAGAUGCCUCGAUUUCUGAGAUCCCCCUUGCAUGAGCC